GUCGGUUCGAACCGCCCGCCAAUCAAUGUAGAGCGCGGCGCGGCGCGCGCACCGCGUCCACGCUGUAGUCACUGGCGGUGGGUGUUGAUUGCAGCCCGCUGCCGCCGCUGCCGCGCCGCGCCACCGCUCAGCAAUGGCGCACCCCCGCGCAGUGCUCGGCGUCCUGCUGGCGUUGUGCGCCCUGUCGCACACCGCCACCGCGGUGGUCAGCAGGAAGCCCAACUCCGUGAACGCCACCCCGCGGCCCUUCGAGGACCUCCCGGAGGCGACGACCAAAGACCUGGAGCUCCCCUCGGACUGCAGCACCCCGGCCAACCUCCCCGGAAGCUGCAUGCGCAUCCAAAACUGCCACCCCCUCUACACGCUGAUGCAGCAGCGGCUCAACUCCGUGCAGGUGGACUUCCUGCGGCGCUCGCAGUGCGGGUUCGAAGGGCGCACGCCCAAGGUGUGCUGCCCACAGCGGGGCCGCGCGCCCUCGCAAGGCGGCCAGAUCCCGGACUGGUCCCGGGUGUCCGGCUUCACGCCCCUGCCGGUCGACGGCGUCUCCAAGGACAACUUCCCCACCGAGGUGCCCUCCAUCUCGGCGCGCAGCUGUGGCCGCCAGCACGCCAGCACCGGCCUGACCCGCGUCGUCGGCGGGCUGCCGGCGCGCAAUGGCGAGUGGCCGUGGAUCGUUGCGCUGGGCUACAAGACGCACCCCCGCAGCUCCCUCAAGGGCCGUCCCCAGUUCAAGUGCGGCGCCACCCUGGUGUCCGACCGCCACGUCAUCACGGCGGGGCACUGCGUGUACCAGAAGAGCACCCUCUACCUAGCGCGACUCGGGGAGCUGGACCUGGAGGACGACGAGGACGGCGCCAGCCCCGUGGACAUCGAGAUCGCCGCCAAGCACGUCCACCCGGACUACAGCCCCACCAGGUUCACCAACGACAUCGCCAUCCUCACACUCAAGGAACCGGCACCAGCCACCGACGGGAUUGAGCCCGCCUGCCUGCCCAUGAGGCCAGACCUUCGGAAGCGGUCCUUCGUCAGGGAGAACCCCUUCACGGCGGGCUGGGGAUCCACCUAUUUCAAUGGGCCCAGCAGCACGGCAUUAAUGCAAGUGCAGCUGCCCGUCGUCUCUGUCGACGAAUGUCGGAGUGCCUUCGCCAACAUCAAGACCGCCACCAUCGACAACAGGACCAUUUGCGCAGGGCUGGAGCGAGGUGGCAAGGACGCUUGUCAGGGCGAUUCUGGAGGGCCUUUGGUGUGGCCUUGGGAAGGAACUUACUACCUCAUCGGUGUGGUAUCAUACGGACUUCGCUGCGCCGAGGCAGGAUACCCCGGCGUAUAUACGAGAGUCACAGAGUUCCUUGACUGGAUCCAGACCACAAUGAAGCAGUGAUGUCACUUCAUCACCAACCACUGCAGGUUUUUCUUUAGAGGGGGGGGGGGUCGGGGGUCGGAAUACCAUCACAUUCGUUCAGGGGUUUUUUGUCAAGGGACAGCAUUUGCACUUAGAUCUCAUAAUAAUAGUGUAGAGGCUGUGGCUUCCUUUUUUUUUUCUUAUUGAAAGAUUUCACUGAAUUACUUCAGCUCAUUUGUGAGAGCCCACUGCUCAAUACUGUAACUAGUCACUUUUUGUUUGAGUUGGAAAAAUGGGAAAAGCCAAAUGAAUAAAAAAAUCACACUGUAUAAUCCUACUACAUUUUAUUCGCUUCUUCAGUUGGCAACAGUCUCAAAAUAUGAAGGCUGAUAAUUGACAAACUGAAAUUCAUUCCUGUAAACACAGCCAUAUUGAUGUUAACUCGGUUGAACAUGUGGCAUAAAUAGAGCUUCCCAACAAUCAAGGAGACUUACAACAUGGUUCUACUCUGGCAUUUGACAACUUGUGCAUUUCAAGAACAUACAGUUAAUAACAUUGUAGAAAUUACUGGGGUUGCAUUAGUUAAUAAAUAAGUUAUAUGACCCCCUUUUGAAUUAUCAACAAAGCGAAUUAGCCCCUGCCCAACACUCCUUUUCCCCUUCUCACAUAAAUGCACUUCAAUUAAUAAGAAAUUAUUGCACUUGAAUACAGUGAUCCCUGAAACGAGGCCCAUUGCAUCGGGGUUUUUUUCCAUAAGACAAGCUUGGUAUGAGCAAUAUUUAUGCCACCACUAAUAACUCACAUCAUACCUUAUUUCUUUGUCAAACAAACAGCCUCAAAAGCAAAAGCACAAAAAAAAAA